AAUCAAAAGCAGAACUUGAGGCUACCAUUUCACGCGCUCAGCAACGCAUACACCCCACGCGCCUAACGUGUUUUUUUCGUACCGCGGGUAAYAUCCUUCCGACACUCGCCUGAGUGGGCUUCAUAUUCUAACGGUCGCAAACGUUUCUUUAGCAAAUUUUUUUGCGUCAUCAACCAGAUACGGUUUCCCUCGGAGGUAUCAGGCGGAGAGCGUAGAGGAGGCGGCGGCGUUGCCCAGUGUUUGGCCGGCCGGAAAAUUUUUGUCCACUCCGAGAGAAAGCUGGAUUCUCUUCACUUCACCACAGCGAUUCUGGUAUCUGUGUCGUCGUCUUCAGUGGAAUUUGUCGAAUCCUCGGGAGAAAUAAUUCUGAUUUCACUUCUGCGUUUUGGAGAGAAAUCGACUCCGACGAUUCUCAUUUCCCUUAGAGUAGAUUCUCGGAAGAAAAAAUGGGAAAUCCGAUUCCCCCAAGCGUGAGGAGAAUCUGGGAAAGAUGGAACAUCAGAGCUCUAAUCCUGUUCAGCCUCUCAUUACAGGCCUUCCUCAUCCUCUUCGCCCCGGCCCGGAAGCGAUCUUCGAGAAACCUCCUCAUCUUCUUCAUCUGGUCCGCCUAUCUCCUCGCCGAUUGGACGGCGAGCUUCGUCGUCGGCCUCAUCUCCAACAACCAGAGCAAAUCCGACAACAACGAAGACCUCCUCGCCUUCUGGGCCCCUUUCCUCCUCCUCCACCUCGGCGGCCCCGACACCAUCACCGCCUUCGCUCUUGAAGACAACGCUCUCUGGCUCAGGCACCUCAUCGGGCUCGUCUUUCAGGUCGUCGCCACUGCCUACGUCUUCGUCCAGACCAUCCCCGAGAACAGGCUCGGGAUCCCCGGAAUCCUGAUGUUUCUCGCCGGAAUCAUCAAGUACGCGGAGCGGACUCGGGCGCUGUAUCUGGCGAGUUUGGGGAGUUUCAGAGCCUCGAUGCUUAAGGAGCCAGACCCAGGUCCUAAUUAUGCGAAAUUGAUGGAGGAGCUGAGUUCCAAGGAAGCGGCUCACCUCCCCGCUCGCAUUUCUCUCACGGCCGAGCCUGAUAAAGAAUCGAGGGCUUUCAUGAACGCAGCAAAAGAGGGCCCUCUGAACGAGCUUGAGGUCGUUAAAUACGCCUUUAUGUACUUCAACAAUUUCAAGGGGCUGAUCGUUGAUCUGAUUUUCAGCUUCAAAGAGCGGAAUGAGAGCCGGGAUUUCUUCCUCAAAAGAACCCCAUUUGAUGCCCUCAAGGUAAUUGAAGUUGAACUCAACUUUAUCUAUGAGGUUCUCUUCACAAAAGUUGUUGUUCUUCAUAACAGAUAUGGGGUAUUUUUUAGAGUUGUUUCUCUGAGUUCUGUGACUGUGGCUUUUGCUCUGUUUUCCCGAUUGGACAAAGGGGGUUUCAGGAAACUUGAUGUUAGGAUUACUUAUGCUUUGCUUAUUGGGGCCUUGGCUUUGGAUCUUGUAUCUAUUUUUAUGACUGUCUUCUCUGAUUGGACUAUGGCUUCUAUUAAAAAGGAAGAUUCAUGUGUUGCCACCAUUUUUAAAGUCCUUCUCAGGCUCAAAGGACAGAGGGUGUCUGUGCAUAGGAACUCUCCAUUUAAAGGCUAUAAUAAGCUAUACACUCCAUUGAUAUUUCGUCGGUGGCGCGAAUCAGUGCCUCAGUUCAACUUGAUAACAUAUUGCCUAAGUGAACGCAUCCAAAGGAAGAAGGAUUUGAGAUAUGGCUCAUUGAGUUGUGGCGGUUUGAUACAUCUUGCUUGGAAUGAAAUCGUUCGUCUUUUUCGUCGAGUAAAGGACUUCAUCAUCGAAUAUUUAGGUGCCAAAGAAUUCCUCGACAAUUGGAUAUAUGUCACGAGGCAGCCAGUUCUGGAGAAGCUUUGGACGUUGAUCUUUCAAGAGCUGCAUGACAAGUCCAAAGCAGCAGAAAGUGCAGAAGCUACUGAAGUAAUAUGUUCAUCCAGAGGCUCCUAUGUGCUGAAAUCAAUGGAGCUUCAGUCGAAAAUCGACAUCAGCGAGUUAACUUCCUUCAUUGAUGAGGUUGCUUUUGACGAGAGUCUUAUGCUAUGGCACAUAGCAACAGAACUUUGCUAUCAAACCGAAGACAAUAUGAUCGAAGACACUUUUUGUUAUCGAAAAUUCAGCAAGCUGUUGUCCGAUUACAUGCUCUACCUCAUAGUGAUGCUCCCUGCUAUGAUGUCGGCCGUGGCAGGAAUCGGGGAAAUAAGGUUCAGGGACACCUGCGCGGAGGCAAAGAAGUUCUUCGACCGAAGAGGGUUAGGAACUAACUCGGAUUUAGUCGCAAAAGCUUGUUCAGACAUACUCGAGGUGAACAUGAAGGUGAAACCCGUGAUGGUGAAGGGCGAUAAAAGCAAAUCCGUUCUGUUCGAUGCUUCAAGACUCGCUAAGAAGCUAAAAGAGUUUGGGGAUGAGAAAUGGGAGAUAAUGAGCAAAGUAUGGAUUGAAAUGUUGGGAUAUGCAGCCAGCCAUUGCAGACCAGACCAACAUGCCCAACAGGUUAGUAAAGGAGGAGAGCUCAUCACUUUUGUUUGGUUACUAAUGGCACAUUUUGGGCUUGGAGAACAGUUUCAAAUCAAUGAAGGCCAUGCCAGAGCAAAAUUGAUAGUGGAUAAGUGAAAAUAUGUGAUCUUUUGUAAUGGGUUUUUUCUUUUGCUUUGAAUUUUGAAGUGUUCUCAAUCUCUUUCAUUGAGAUGUGUUGUGCAAAACCAGUAGUUGGUUUAUAAGUUCGGAGCUUGUAUGAGACAAAGUUUUGUAGUUAAAAGUUCAAUUCAAUUUGCCAAAUGUGAA